UUUAUUUAUUUAUUUUUUUGCUAAUUUGCUAGACAUUUCUGCUGUUGAUUAGGCUCUAAAAAUAUAUAAACAAUUUUGAUCCUUUAUAAUUUGACAAUGUAGUGAGCCAACCACUCUACUGAAACACAGCAGGAACCAUUGCCCGCUGUGGAGCAAUCAGUAGAGUUUUCCUAUAGGACUUAGAGUGUCAUUAUCAAAGGUUGUUAUACACACAGAUCAUUAGUUCAUCCACCAAACUUCAUAGCACUGUUUAGCUAUCAGGUGCAGCUCAACAGGCGGGUGGGCAGCUGUGAAGACUGGAUACACUUCCAGCAUAUCAGGUUGUCAAUAUGAUAAGAGUCCCAGUAUUCCAGCACGGGGUACUAAAGUGUCAUCCAGCCUUUCUGGCACUCCUGGUAAAGAAGCGACAAAAGCGUGUUUUUUUUUUUUUUUGGAGUAGAAAAAGGUUCCAUUAAACAGAAUAUUUCAACCUCUCAUUUGUGAACAUUUGCUCUGUAGGAAGCAAAUGCUCACAAUUUGCUUCCUACAGAGUAAAUUACAGAACAAUCUGCUCUGUAGGAAGAAAACUGUUCCUAUAGAACAAAAAGCUUCCUACAAACUACAGCACAAAAGCAAAAUGAACUUAAUUUUAUCAGAAUGUCAAAGCUUUAUGGACAUUUCAAUUAGCCUAGUGUCUUGUUUCCUUGGGGGAAUAAAUAUGACAUAACACCGAACAUUUCAUAUAGCCACUGGCCACCAAGAGAGGGAAGAGUGCUAAAAGAAAGAAACUCACUGUUAGAAAAGUGUAGGAAGGACAUUCCUUUUGGGCUGAACAACUAGUAGACUCUAUCCAGACACCAACUAGUUGAUUGGGAUUGAUGCUAAUAAAGAGAACAUUUUCUGUCAUGGACAAGAGGAUCCGCCGUCAUCCAUUUUGGAUAUACUUUUCCACAAUGGACAACAUUAUGGAAAAGUACAUAAUUUCCACUGUUAAGUAUGGUGGCUGAUCUGUGAUGCUGUGGGCCUCCUACUCUCCCAAAUGCCUUGGGAACCUGCACUGUAAAUUCUCUCUAAAAUGUACAUUUUCCCAUGUUAUUCAGAUAUCAAACGGUCCCCAAAGUUGAUCUGCAGGUUCAUUCUUGUUCCUAUUUUUCAGUAGAAAAAGAAAAAGAAUGCAGCGACCUGUCGGAGACAGACGACAUAAUUAAGACUUUCUUUCACUUUCCCCGUCCUCCUCGGCAGGCAUUUAAAGCCUGCCGAGGAAGGAUUUGUCCCAACACAAUCAGCCUAAAGAUGAACAGAAUUGUCCCUGAUGCUGUUCUAUUCACAGGGCGUCCCAUUCUUCCCCUGCUUCACUCGCUAAUCCAGUGAAAGCCAAUUAGCUCCCACUCCGACAGACAGGAAGAGAAAGCCUGACAGUUUUUAUCAGAUAGGUGUUUUUGGAAACGAACACGUCUCUGUUCAUGUGUAACACAUUCGGUUCUAUGAGCACGAAGUCAUGUAAGAACAAAGUUUCACCAAGCAACUUGGUCAAAAUUGGAUGCAGUGAAGAUGUAAGAUGGCAGUUGAACAAUAACCACUAGAGGGGGACAAAGUGUCAGCAAAAAUGUGACAAACUGAGAGAAGAAAACUGCAGAUUGCAGCAGGUGGUUGAUGGAAGCUUGUUGCUUAUUUUAGCAGCCAAGUUCAAACAGUUUGCAUAUUACUUCAAAGCUGAAAUAUUAAACGGUGAGUCCUUUUUGCCAGCGUCUCUAAAGAAGACAUUUUUUCCCCCCAAAUAUGUGUAGAGUAAACUAAAUUGUGGGCAGCUAUGGUGCCAGUUCAUAAAAAAAAAAAAAAAAAAAAAGUCUGUAAUUAGCACCUUAAAAAGUAACUGUUAAGUUUAUCUCCAGCUAACAUUUUAAGUUUUGUUGAUUCUCCUGGGAGAUUUAUAAUGUGAGCGAGUUUCCCCCAACAACUGGGUGUGGAAUCAUUGGUUCAUGUAUAAGGAUGAGGGUUCUGCCAAGCACAGCACUUAGCAGCCAGUAAAACAUCAGAAACCCCAAACAUGCUUUUGAAUGGAAGGCCUGCCCAGUAGCCGCUUCCUCUCAUGCUAAGAAGCUCUUCCCGGGUGGGAGCAGUCUCCAACCCCCCCAUGGGAGCUCCUUGUAAUCCAACUUGUUGUCUCUGGCUUGCUGGGAAGCAAGACUUUUACAUAUUAGCACUACAUUAACCUGAACAAAGGACCUGCAUUCCCGAAACUUUAGCGUCUGAGCACUGGAUGACUUUCUGCACAGUCCUAGAGAGCCCCACCUACCCUCCCUGCUGUGGAAAACAAUCCUGCUGGCAGAGUGUUCAGCAAUUGGGCCAAAUUAUGUUCAGAGGAUCAGGAAGCCCACAAUUAAAAUAUAUUUUUAUAUUUAAUAACUUUUGAAAGUCUUCCCUUUUCAGAAUUUGAAAAGCGUAUAGGGGGAACAAGCUGACUUCUUACUAUUAAAAUGUGUUAAUCCCAACGUUAAAAUCUAAAAUAAUUUCAUUCAAUUUGAUGAAACGACCAUUGAGCUGAUAAAGUGUAUCAGCUCAGAGUAUGCAUAUAUUAAUUUUAAAAAAUGUAUGCACCGAAAGACCUACGCACUACAUGAAUUUCAGGUCAGCAAGAAACACAUGGAAGUGGUAGCUGAAGAAGACCAGGAUGGACUCUACAGGUCAGAUUUUAGUAUCAUAGAUGUUAAAUUUUCAUUUUUGCUGUUUGAAGCAAAUUAAUUUUUCUCUGCCAAAACUCGCCCAUCUGCUGAAGUGUUGAAUUCUUUUCCCUCCUGUGACGUCACCAACAAAGAUAAACAAAUCUGUUUUUCUCCCUUAAAUGCGUUUUAUUUUCCAAAUAAUUUUGUGAUUUCGGGCUGUGGAAAUUCUCAGGUCAUGCAGGUGUGUUAUAUUGUCAGUAUACAUUUCUAAGUGAGGGGUAAAAAAAAAAAAAGAACAUGGAUAGUCUUUUAAGUAUUGAAUCUUUCAGUGUUUGUAUAUUAGCCAACAAUUUUGUAUAUUGCUCACGGAAAAUAGUUGAUUAGCUUUAAUCGAGAUUACUAAUCUCUCUACGGAACCCCCCGCUCCUUCCCGCACAAUCUGUAAUGUUUGACUUCAACAACAAAUUAAAGAUGCGCCUCUUAAGUUUAAGUCAAAAUGAGUCCUUUGCGCACUACCGAAGUUUCUCAAUAAACAAUGUUUUUGUCCCUUAAAAACACCGCCUUCUUAAGUCAUUGGUGCGUAAAUGUCCCAGGCGUUGUUCCAAAAGGAAUUCUGCCACAUCUGUUCUGCAAGUGGCUUGUUGAUAUUAUCAUAAUGGCAUUUUACUGUCUUUCUCUGUCCUUUUUUGUGCGCAAACCCUCCCCAACCCCCCAGGGCGAUCAGCCACUCUGCUCUCAGAUAACGCGCUAUUCCCCCCAGACCCUCCUCCACUGUUACGCAGCGGGAUUUACAUGAAACUGUUAAUUGUUUGCUCUUCAAAUAGAGUCAGCCUGGAGCCAGCAGUGUUCCAGAAGUUAAGGACCGACUCUCCGACCUCCCUUAUCCCUCCCCCCUUUCUUUCUCGCUCCUGACCGAUCACUCUCCCCCUCUUCUCCGGGGUUGCAUCAACAUGACAAAGCACUGGCCGGAGCAGAGCCGCCUGGCACCAGCCGCUCUGUGCCACAGUGGAGAACACCGCGACCAUCAACUUGACUUCUACAGAAAUGUGCAGCGGGGUUUUCCUUCCUGCGGUCUAGCCCAGCAGCGGCCUCAACAACCGGCUGAGAUGGCCCCCCAGCAGCAGCCCUCUGCACGCACCGAGCACUGUGGCGGUGCCACUGGACUCGUGGAUCAAACCAUUCCAGCCCACUCUUCGUACCAGGACGGCGACGACGCCAACACGAAGCUUCGGGAAGUGACGCGGGAGACGUGGAGGACUGAACGAGAGAAAAGCGGUUCUAACAGUGGGAAGAAGAAGAACUACCAGCGGUACCCCAAGCCACCCUAUUCUUACUUGGCUAUGAUCGCCAUGGUCAUCCAGCGGUCCCCAGAGAAGAAGCUUACACUAUCAGAGAUCCUGAAGGAGAUCAGUACCCUGUUUCCAUUUUUCAAAGGGAACUACAAAGGGUGGCGAGAUUCUGUGCGACACAACCUCUCCUCCUACAACUGCUUUGUUAAGGUGCUGAAGGAUCCAGGCAAACCUCAGGGUAAAGGGAACUUCUGGGCUGUGGACCUGAACCGUAUUCCUCUGGAUCUCCUGAAGAGGCAGAACACAGCUGUGUCGCGCCAAGACGAGACUAUCUUCGCUCAGGAUCUGGCCCCCUACAUCCUGCAGGGACACAAGCCGGAAUCUGAGCUGCCCCCUCCUCCGACUGAGUGUGUGACCUCUCUCCCGCCCGUGUCAUCAGGAAAUCCUUCACCGUCGCAGGGCGACUCAUUCAGGCCCAAGCUGGACUCGUCCUUUGCCAUCGAUUCCUUACUGCAGAGCCUGCGGCCGACGAGCGCUUCUGGGGAUGUGGUCCGAGACUGCUGGGGUGAGGUGGAGUGCCCUAGGCCCUCGCCGCCUCCACGCUCUCGUUACGCCUCCUCUGCCAGCUCGGUAAGCCCCGCCUCGACCUCUUCCUCCUCCUCUGAUGAGGAAUGGAAAGGCUUGUCCCACAGUGGGAAGCGUGUUCCUCCCAAUGGUGAAGCAGGAUCUGAGAGUUAUGAGGACUACAGACCGCCGUUGCACAAAUCUGCCAGACGGGAGAGUGUUGCUCCUCCGUGGGAGCUUCCAACCUCCUAUGCCAAGUAUGCUCCCCCAAAUGCAGUCGCCCCACCUAGCAUGCGGUUUAACGGAGGCCCCUUAAUGCCGCUGCAUGGCGGACUACCACUUUACAGCUACAGUAGCUCUCCCAUGGCGCCUGCCCACUUCAUAGGUCAGUCCUAUUGGCCGAUUCUCCCCAGCAGGCGAGUCUCGGUUCAGCCCCCUCCUCUGCUCAUGGACUUGGACAACAUGCUGCAGUCGGUUCCUCCAAAUAAGAGCGUGUUCGAUGCACUGCUGCCUGUUAAUCAGAACACUUACUCACAUCACCAACCGCAGAGCCAGUACACCCUGCAGAACGGGACUCAUCUCAACAGGUAUCACCAAUACUGAGAGUCAUUCACACACCAAACAAGGAAUCCAAACAGGAAGUUAACAAUAAGCUCCAGACAAUCUCUUUGAUAGUUUCCUGCUGGCCAGAAGCUGGUUUUUCUUGUUUUUUUUCCCUGUUUUUUUUAUUUACAUGUUGGUGUGUUUUAAAACAAAUUGCAAUUCUGCCUUCAGCAUUGAGUUUCAUUGAAGCAAAACUACCUAAAAAAAAAAGCUAUGCAACACAACAGACAUCUACCUCAGUGUUUCAAUGAAACGUCGUGCCGCUACACUCUUUGCACUGCAGAUUUUGUUUGCACAGUUGUUUAAUACAAUGUCUUGAGGAUUGUUUUUAAUGCUGUCUAUCCAUUGUGACUAUUGAAUGUAUUACAUGGUGACUCGUGGAAAAAACCAGCUGCGAAGUCCAAAAUGGCAAGUAGUUCGUUACUGAUGGCUAUCAGGUUUUUUCCACGUUGCAUUACACUCAGGCUGAUUUUAGGAUGUAUGUAAAGGUUUUACCUUCUUUGUUCUGCUUGCAAGAGAAAACAAAAAAAAAAUUCAACACAUUUUGAAUCACUUGAGCUCACUUUUAGAACACUCAGCAUCAGUGUGGCUCUAAUAAUGGAAAAUUUAGCUUUAACAAUUACAUUUUUUUCUAGAUUUUUACUUGCACUAUUUACCUGAUGAUCUUCCAAAGGACACCACUUUUAGAUGUUUCCCUACCUCGACUGAAGAAUGUAAUACAAGCUUCCCAUCAUCUUUAACUACUGACCAAUAUGUAACUAUGCAUCCGUAGAGAUCUCUAGAAGUCUAACGGGUUUCUAAAAAGUUUAUUUUAACAGUGCUGCUCAGGACAAAUAAAAUUUACAUUUGAACAAAACUGACUUAGGUUCAUUGCAUUGUUUCUGUUAUUUUUAAUUUUUUUCAAAGACUGGGUAAAGUAAUCCUAUAUGCUUCCGGUAAAGGAUUUUUGUGUUGACAAUUUAAACCAUGAAAAUUGUUGAAGCUGUAAUUAUGAAGGCAACAUAAAGAAAAAAAGAAGUAAUAUUUUGAAAGGGCACUGAUUUUAAAUAUGUGACUAAGCAAAAUAAUGCUGGCCUAAAAAUUUUUUGUAACUUUGUCCGGCUGGUGAAUAUAAAUCUGAAAAAGUGUACAACUUAAGAUACGUUCUUCCAGAAGUAUAUUUAUUUACCAGAACUGGAAUUUCUUAGUGGAGCGGCGAUAUUAACGUGGCAACAAAACACUCCAAAAGGACUCCAUCGAAACGAAAUGAAGACAUUUUAGCACUGGGGUCAAUAUUAAAGCUCAUGCAUAUUUUGAAUUUAGAAAAAACGAAGUGUAACGUACUCUAUUCACAUUUUUUUUAAUCAUCUCCAGUUGACCAUUUUGCUACAGGCACUUGAGUUCAGAAAUUGGGAGUUUCCAGCGCUCCUCUUUCUCUUGCAGCACUCUGAUUUACAUCAGCAGUCCAGCAGUCGUCAGCCUCCCGCUGAUUUCCCCGCCCCCUGCUGUGACCACUAUCUCUGUAUCAGCUGCCUACACAUGCAUGCCUGCCUGCAUGCACUCCCUCCCUCACCAUCCUUCCUCCCUCUGCUCAUGAUCAUUCCUGACACCAAAGGUGGGAGGAGGGGGAACAUUGCUUUUAUCCAUCACAACCAUUCUAACCAUACUGGGUGCUACUACCUGUCACGCAUCAAGUUUGCAGGUGUGGAAAUUGUUUUUUAUGUUUCAAAACAUGGAAUUUAAACUAUUUUCUGUUAACAAAUGGGAUUUAUUUAUCAAACUUUUUUUUUUACAAGAGGUAUAAAGAACAGAUUGUUGGCUUGAGAAAAGUGCUUGCUCAAUUCACAUAUCACUUAAGUUCAUCUUGACAUUUGCUAAAAAUAGCAUUCAGAAAAAUACACACUGUGCGAUGCUUUUUGCAAACUCAGAGGUUUGCAAAAACGUCAUAGAUUCAGGAAUAUACAUCCAACAAAAAGUGAAAUUU